AACAUUAAGCAAUAACAACAUGACGUCAGUGCCAGCAAAUCUGUUCGACAACAUGAGAAUGUUAAGAGUUCUCCGAAUUAAUGACAACAAGCUGGUCUGUGACUGCCACCUCGCUUGGUUUGCCAGAUGGUUACGCAGAAAUCCAACUUUGGCGCUUUUUACAGAGUGUCACCUGCCCCUGCAUUUACGCAAUGCCGAAAUCUCGGAGCUUCAAGAUGACGACUUCAAAUGUGAUGCGACAUUUGAGAGUCGACACUCGGUGGAAUGCAUGGAGGAGACAUUAUGUCCUCGCCAGUGUCGAUGCCUUGAUGCUGUGGUGGACUGUCGGGACAAAGGCCUGACCCAGAUACCAGAGAAUAUUCCAGAAUCAGUAACAGAAAU